CCAGACAGCCAAAAUUUCCUCGCCCGCACCAUUCUAUCCACCAUCGCUGUCUUCUUCCUCUUCUUCUUCCGGUCCAGUCCAGACUUCCCAGUUCAAAAAUUCCCAGUCUCGCGCUCGAACAACAAACCCUAGACGCAGUGCGGUCCGGUCCGCCGCCGGCGGAGCUCCCUGACACCCCCUGCCGGAUCCGCGCGCGGAACAUGCGGGAUCUGGGCCCAUGGCGACCGGCCCCGAUCUGACCUCCUCCUCGCCCGCUGCCGCCGCCGCCGCGUCGUCGGUGGCAGCCAAGAAGGACCGCCACAUCGUCAGUUGGAGCGCUGAGGAGGAUGACGUGCUUCGUGCUCAAAUCGCACACCAUGGAACUGAUAACUGGACAAUUAUAGCCACACAAUUCAACGACAAGACUGCCAGGCAGUGCAGGCGAAGAUGGUACAAUUACUUGAACACAGAGUGUAAGAAAGGUGGGUGGUCCCGUGAAGAGGACAUGCUUUUGUGUGAGGCUCAAAAGCUUCUUGGUAAUAAAUGGACUGAAAUAGCGAAGGUUGUCUCGGGCAGAACUGAUAAUGCAGUGAAGAAUCGUUUUUCUACUCUAUGCAAAAGGCGGUCCAAGGAUGAUGAGUUAGUUGAGGAAAAUGGUUCUCUAUGUUCCAAUGAAAAUGCAAAGAGAGUGCUGACACAAACUGGUGACCUCACAUCUAGUAUACCUGGCUCCUCACUAUCUAUUAAGCAGAUGAGGUCUCGCAAGCCAGAUUUCAAGGAGAACAUGGCACCUAAUAUGAGGUCAUUUGGUCAAGAGAAGAGCAUACAGCAACAUUCCCGGCAACCACUUGCAAACAUUUCUCCAAACAAUCAGCAUAAUGUGAAUAUUGUGGGAACCCAAAAUGAUUUUGCUAAAGACUCGACAAUGCAAUUACAUGGCAAUGGACAGACUUGUGUGAAGAAUGAGGGUAAUUUUUUGAAAAGCAAUGACCCAAAAUUUGCUACCUUACUGCAGCAAGCUGACUUGCUUUCUUCGCUAGCAACAAAACUGAAUACUGAAAAUACAAGCCAAAGCAUGGAUGAAGCCUGGCAGCAACUACAACAUCAUUUGGUUAAGAAAGAGGAUAAUGAGAUGUUAGAGAGCAGCAUCUCUGGAACAGCUUCCCUGCUAGAGGAGCUUGACGAUUUAAUUGUAGAUCCCUAUGAGAAUGAAGAGGAGGAUGAACGGAAGUCAGUGGAGCAGAAUGAACAGACUGAUGUGAGCAGUAAACACUCCAAUGGUCCUUUGGAAACUAGCAUGCAAGUAACAUCACAAAUGGCUCUUGAUAUGGAAAUUGAUAUUUGCCCAAUAGAUAAGAGCACACCAGAUAAUAGUCUUUGUGGAAACUUCCUAUCUAGUACUCCAGCAUCUGUAAACUUGGGUGAGGCUGCCGAAGACAGUGGACUUUACUGCAUGGAAUACAGUUCUCCUGCUCAUGCAGUUUUACAAGCUAAAGCAGAUGCUGAAAUACCAGCAGCCAAAAUUUUGAGUGAGGCUGCCGAAGGUAGCUGGUCUCAAUUUAUGGAGUACACGUCUCCUGCUCAGACAGUUGUGCAUGCUAAAGCGGAUGCAGAAAUACCAGUUUCCAUAAGCUUGAGUGAGGCUGCCGAGGGUAGCUGGCAUCAACGUAUGGAAUACAUGUCCCCUGCGCAUACACUUCUGCGAGCUAAAGCAGAUGCAGAGAUACCAGCAUCUGUAAACUCAAGUGAGGCUGCCAAAGAUUGCAGUCUUCAGUGUACAGAAUACACCUCUCCUGCUCAUACAGAUUUGCGAGCAGCAGAUGUAGAAAUAUUAGAUACUUCUAGCGAGAUUGCCCAAGAUUGCAGCCUCAAAUGUAUCAAAUUUACCUCCCCUGCUCACACAGCAAUCGAAGGUAAAGCAGAAGCAAAAAUGCCAGCUUUGGAGAACUGCAGCGAGGUUCCCAAAGAUAGCAGCACACAACCAGGCAUGGAAUUCACCUCUCCUGCUCACACAGUCCCAACAUUCCAACGAUACACCGAUGAUGUGCCAACUCCAAAAAUUACUGCCAGUGAGAGGAAUUUUCUGUUGUCUGUGCUUGGGUUGACCUCACCGGGGUCGAAGCCAGACACUUCUCAGCAGCCUUCUUGUAAAAGGGCCCUUCUUAAUAGCCUUUGAAAGGGGUAUAUAUAUCUUUUUCAUGCAAAUACAUUUUGCAUUUUAGCUUUGCAUGGGAUCCAACUUCAAGCCUGCCAUGCUCCUCAGCAUCUAUACUUUGGGUCCCCCAGAUGUGAUUUUUUCUAGGGUAGUUCUCCCUACUCCUAUUUGACUGAAGUGUGCCUAGGUCAUGUAGUCCUUGUCUAGUAUUCCAGUUGUUUGUAUAAGGUCUCGAUAGUUUGGUUUGUUUGUUUUUUGUACAUAUCGCAUUGGCGGUGUUGUAGUAGCAUACAGAAUUUGAGAAGGGGUGAUGGUACCCUUAAGAGUUUACAGCUUGUAUUCAAAAUAUAGAAUAAGGUAUUCUUUGUGUAAUUAACUCUUUGUAACUCUUAUAACCGCCGCGGAAUAUAUUGGCUUGGUUUGGUGUGUGAUGUAAGUGAUGUAAUGGACUAAUGGACACAUGCGCUUGAAUGAACAAUAUGUUUCUUCGGCUGGUUU